CUGGCGAAUGGUCUGGCAACAGGAAGUGAAGAAGAUUGUUAUGUUGACCAAUUUGGUAGAGGGUGAGGAAGUCAAAUGCGAGCAAUAUUGGCCGCAACAUUAUCAACGUAAAAUAUACGGCGAUAUAGAAGUUGUGUGCACCGUUGACAAACUGUACGCAGAUUUCAUUUGGAGAAAAUUUACGCUUUCUAAGUGCUGGUGUAGGAAGAACGGGAACCUACAUUGCUCUGGACAUUCUAACUAACGAGGGAGAGGUAGAAGGAGAAAUAGAUAUCCCCGGAUGUGUUCUCAACAUGCGACAGAAUAGACCAACAUGAUUCAGACUUUGGUGGGAUGUUUACUGUUACAUAAUGUUGUAUAAAGACUAUUUUUGCAAUGUGAA